AUGACGUCAAUGAAAACUUGGCGCACAGCCCUCGCUGCCCUGCUCAGCCUCGGUUACUCGGUCUCGGCUUCCCCAUAUGUCACCGGACCUCCUGAAGUGAGCGCCCUUUGCCCUGUACCUGAAGGAGAAUCCGCUACCUUACUCCCCAAUCCUGCCGACUGCACGACGUAUUACAGCUGUAACUGGGGCGUUGCUUACCUCAUGUCAUGUCCCAGUGGUCUUUAUUUCGACGUCAACCUCCACGUAUGUACCACUGCCCCUACCCACACAACGACUCCAGCAAACACCGACGCCCCGAAGACGACGACCUCCCCACACACGGGGCCUCCCGAGAUCAGCGCCCAGUGCCCCGUUCCUGAAGAAGAUUUCGCGAGGCUACUUCCCAACCCGGACGACUGCACGACCUAUUACAGCUGUAGUUGGGGCGUUGCCUACCUCAUGCCGUGCCCUCCUGGACUCUACUUCGACAUCAACCUUCUCGUUUGCACUUGGUCUUGGGAAGCCACCUGUUACAGCUCCACAGAGGCCACUUCAGUGCCACUCACUUCUACAGAAUUAAGCACAGCUGCCCCUGAAACCACUGCAUCAAGCAUUGAAGUCUCCCAGACCACUACAGGAAGCACAGAAGUUCCUGAAACCACAGCACCUAACACAGAAGUUCCUGAAACCACAGCACCAAAUACUGAACUUCCUGAAACCACAGCACCAAAUACUGAACUUCCUGAAACCACAGCACCAAAUACUGAACUUCCUGAAACCACAGCACCAAAUACUGAACUUCCUGAAACCACAGCACCAAAAACUGAACUUCCUGAAACCACAGCACCAAAUACUGAACUUCCUGAAACCACAGCACCUAACACAGAGGUUCCUGAAACCACGGCACCAAAUACUGAACUUCCUGAAACCACAGAACCAAGCACAGAGGUUCCUGAAACCACAUCACCAAAUACUGAAGUUCCUGAAACCACAGCACCUAACACAGAGGUUCCUGAAACCACAGCACCAAGCACAGAGGUUCCUGAAACCACAGCGCCAAAUACUGAACUUCCUGAAACCACAGCACCAAAAACUGAGGUUCCUGAAACCACAGCACCUAACACAGAGGUUCCUGAAACCACAGCACCUAACACAGAGGUUCCUGAAACCACAGCACCAAGCACAGAGGUUCCUGAAACCACAGCACCAAGCACAGAGGUUCCUGAAACCACAGCACCAAGCACAGAGGUUCCUGAAACCACGGCACCAAGCACAGAGGUUCCUGAAACCACGGGAACAAGCACAGAGGUUCCUGAAACCACGGGAACAAGCACAGAGGUUCCUGAAACCACGGGAACAAGCACAGAGGUUCCUGAAACCACAGCACCAAGCACAGAGCGGUUCCUGAAACCACAGCACCAAGCACAGAGGUUCCUGAAACCACAGCACCAAGCACAGAGGUUCCUGAAACCACCGAAGCCAGCACAGACGCCAGCACCUUCAGACGGCGAAGGAUUCAAAUGUCCCAAAACUAGUAGCAUUUACCCGACUUUCAUCCCUAAUCCCAAAGACUGUCGGUCCUUCUACAUGUGUUUGUCGGGGGUCCCUUACCUCAUGGAAUGCCCUCAUGGUACCUAUUUCGAUAAAGAACGUGAGGUGUGCGAUCACGAAUCAGUGGUUGAGUGCGAUGUUAUGUUAGAGUGGGUUCCUCGUGUUGUUGCAGUGUACUAA